GUUCUUUUCCAUGCAAACCCCCACCCCUCUCUCUCUCUCUCUCUCUACUCUCUCUCUACAAUUCACCACCAAAUAUUCCCAAUUUCCCCAUGACCAAUCUUCAGAUCUAACACCCACACACCAUGCCUCUGUUACCAUUAUUAUUAAUAUUAUCCUUCCUCUGUUUUUCCGGCAAUGCAGCCACCGGAACGACGUCGUUUGACUUCCAAACACUCACACUCACCAGCUUAAAGUUCUUAGGCGAUGCCCACAUGUUCAACAACAGUGUCCGACUCACCAAAGAUCUUCCUGUCCCGAAUUCCGGCGCCGGAAGGGUUUUAUACAACAAACCAGUAAGAUUCCGGCGACCGGAAACCCCAACUCCGGCGAGCUUCAUAACUUAUUUUUCAUUCUCGAUUGCAAAUUUAAACCCGGAUUCAAUCGGUGGUGGGUUGGCUUUUGUCAUCUCGCCGGACGAUGAAACGGUGGGGGAUUCCGGUGGGUUUUUGGGGAUUCCGGCGAGCUCUGUUUCCGUUGAGUUUGAUACGUUGAUGGACUUUGAGUUUAAAGAUGUUAAUGGGAAUCAUGUGGGGUUUGAUUUGGAUUCAAUGGUGUCGAAUCAAGCUGCUGAUUUGGAUUUGAUUAAUGUGAAUUUGAAAAGUGGUAACCGGGUCAACUCGUGGGUCGAGUACUCCGGGUCAACUCAGCAACUCAACAUCUCCGUUUCAUACUCGAGUUCAAAACCCAAAUCUCCAAUUUUAUCAGUUGAAACAAAUUUAAACGAGUUUUUGACCGAGUUCAUGUUUGUCGGGUUCGCCGGGUCAACUCAGGGGAGCACUGAAGUCCACUCGGUUGAGUGGUGGAGUUUUAGUUCUUCUUUUGAUGAACCGGGCCCGAACUCACCGUCGCCGCCGGGCCCACCGUCACCAACCACCACUUUUAUGAACCCAGCUGCUAACGCCGUUAACUCAACGCCGCCGUCAAUGGCGCCAACGGUGUCAGCACAAACGGGUCAUGCGUCACAAAAACAGAGUAAAUGUCAUAAUAAGUUGUGUAAACAGGGUGCCGGAGCGGUGGCCGGAGUUGUGACCGCCGGUGCAUUCUUUUUAGCAUUAUGUACAAUCUUGCUCAUAUGGGUUUAUAACAAGAAGUUCAAACAUGCGAAAAAACCGGAGCUUUUCGCUAGUGAUAUUUUCAAAAACCCUAAAGAAUUUUCAUACAAAGAGCUUAAACAAGCAACUAAAUGUUUUGACCCGACCCGGGUGAUCGGGCAUGGGGCGUUUGGGACGGUUUACAAAGGGAUAUUGGUGGAUACCGGGGAUGUUGUGGCGGUUAAGAGGAAUAGUCAUAAUGGUGAUCAAGGGAAGUCGGAGUUUAUAUCGGAGUUAUCGAUUAUUGGGUCGCUUCGGCAUAGGAAUUUGUUGAGGUUACAAGGUUGGUGUCAUGAGAAAGGUGAGAUUAUGCUUGUGUAUGACUUGAUGCCAAAUGGGUCACUUGAUAAAGCACUUUUUGAGUCAAGUUUCACAUUGUCUUGGGCUUAUAGGAAGAAGAUUUUGAUGGGUGUGGCUUCUGCUUUGGCUUAUUUGCAUCAUGAAUGUGAGAAUCAAGUGAUUCAUAGAGAUGUUAAGGCUAGUAAUAUUAUGUUAGAUGAAGGGUUUAAUGCCAAAUUGGGUGAUUUUGGUUUAGCUAGACAAGUUGAGCAAAACAAGUCGCCGGACCCCACGGUGGCGGCCGGGACAAUGGGGUACUUGGCGCCCGAGUAUUUAUUAACGGGCCGAGCGAGUGAGAAAACGGAUGUUUAUAGCUUCGGUGCGGUGGCGCUAGAGGUGGCUAGCGGGCGGAGGCCGAUUGAAAGGGAGGCAAUUGGGGUGGGGGUGAAUGGGCAAAGGAGUAGUUUGGUUGAUUGGGCUUGGGGUUUGCACCAACAAGGGCGGUUAUUAGCAGCGGCGGACGGACGGUUGUGUGGUGAGUUUGAGGAGGGCGAGAUGAGGAGAGUGUUAUUAGUUGGGUUGGUUUGUUCACACCCGGACCCAGCGGUCCGACCUACUAUGCGAAGUGUGGUUCAAAUGCUUGAGGGUGAGGCUGAGGUGCCUGUGGUUCCAAGGGCUAAGCCCUCAUUGAGCUUUAGCACUUCAGAUUUGCUAUUGAAUUUACAAGAUAGUGUGUCUGAUAUGAAUGAGAUCAUUACACUUUCAACCUCCUCAUCAGAACACAGCUACAAUGGAGAUGGGCUACCCUUGGUUUGACCCGACCCGACCGAACCGAUCCUAGUCGGAUCCGGGUUUUAAAAAUUUUGUUAUAAAAUUCUUUAUUCUAACUCUACAGGGUGUAUUUACAUGAUUGAUGAUGUGGUGCAACUGCAACACACACCCAAUAAUGAUAACAUGGACACAAGUAUAGGGACAUGUGGGUCAUUUGUGGAAAUUGUAGGGUCUUAUCAUAACUUCUCACACUUCCAAAUUCCAACUCAGACAAAUUGUUGAUGUCAUUUCAUGGAGAAUGAGGCUUUGUGAAGGAACCCAAAAAGGUCAAAAAGGCAAUAACAACAUGGGAGUUUGAGUAGAUGUUUGGUAAAGUAUACAUGAUUUUUAUCCAUCAUUAGUCCUUUAUGUUUUGUCUUUAUUCAUGUACAUUGUACAACUUUCUUUAUGUAGUUUGAGACCAACCCCAAUGCGGUUAGCCGCCCGGUCAUGUUUAUGGGUG